GUACGUGAAGACUCGUUUUACCAGGUCUUUAACUUUCCUCCUUUAAAGAUGGUCAUUCGCAUGAUGAUGGUCUUUUUGUUAAUAAUAAAUGUCUUAUUUAUAAUUGUCGGUUCACAUGGGAAACCAAUGAAUAAUGACAAUUUAGUUGGAUUAGUUGUUGUUACUCCAGAAUCAACUGUUCUCGAUUCUGCGGAAAUUUUCAAUGAUGUUGUGCGAGUGCAACGAUCUCCACAAGGAGGGUUAUUGAAUGACGAUGCUUUUGAAGAUUAUUCUGAUGACCCAGAGGGUCGACAUUUGCAUAAACGCAAACAUAAACGUAAAUAUCAUGGAGGGUUUGGUUGUCACAGAAAACAUGGCUGUGGAGGAUGGCAAGGUGGUUAUUUCCCAACAUACGGAGGUCAUUACCCCUUUCACCAACAAUUCGGUCAGGGAGGAUCCUUUGCAACAGCAUCCGGAGGAUUUUUUGGUGGAGGGCAUCAUGGAGGGAAUGGCCAUGCCAAUGCCCAAAGUGCAAGUUUUAAUCUCGGUCCUUUCAGCUUUAACCUUGCCCAAGCGGGCGCUGGUGCUAGACCAUUUUUUUAAAAAUUGAAAGCGCACAAGAAGCCAAACAAACCGCAGUGAUAUUAUUUUCCCUAAUUUAUAAUAUUUGUUUAUUGUAUACUUUUAAUAUUGUUUUUUUCUCCAAGUAAAUUUUUUUUGUAAAUAAAGAGAAAAAAAUAUAUAAAAUUUAAAAAUUUAUAA